AUGUGGUCUGACCAACUGGAAGAAAGACAACGAGGCAUGGCAACUGUUAAUCGAGCAACCGGUCGAAAAGUGGCAACUAAGCCUGAAGCAAUACAGUACCCGAUGCCGUCAGCAGUUUGUUUACCUGAUACUGGAGCCAACUCACACCACAACAUGCACGUACAACAAUCACACUGGUACAGUUACUCUGAUGAACAGCAAAUCGGACCUACUCGCGAUUGUAAAAUACUUCCGGUGGCUGAAUGA